AUGCCCCGCUACCAGAAACUUAUCAACGAAAGCGACAGCAACGCAGCAGCAGCAACUGUUGCCCAGCAACAGCAGCAACAUCAUCGCUAUCAGCAGCAGCAACACAAGAUGCCGAGCGUGGGCUAUCACCUCUACUUGUACCGCCAGCAACUCGCUCAGAAGAAUGUGGAAUACAUGAGGUUGUCCAAGGCAAAGUACUUCAUUACCGACACUCUUCUGGCCAAAACGGUGCGGAAUCUGAAGGGAUGCAGCGUCGACGAACUGAAGACCGUUAAUCAUCAGAUCGUCUUUCGGCACAAACUGCGUCAUCAGAUCCAGCGACUUCGUAAACUGAAGAGUUUGGGCAUCAAAAAUGCCAAUCCCAAAAUGGAGAGCACAGAACUGUGA